UAACGGGGACGAGUCCCUUGGACUCUCCACUCCUGUCCUGCUUGGAAGAGUGGCAUAGAGAGGGCUGAGGUGUGGGGCCACAGAGCCGCUGAGUGGGGUUUGUGCAAGCCGAGCCGAGGCCUGAGUCCCGUGCAGCACUGCCGUGGGAACGCGCCCUUCCUUCCCUGGUGAGCCAGGCAGACGACACCCAUCUCGGAGCCAAAGCAGAAGAGGCAGGCCAUGAUCGUGAGGGAGAGCCCAGGGGAUGCCCCACACCUGGACCUGGGCAAGAAGGUCAGCAUCCCCCAGGACCUGAUGAUGGAGGAGCUGUCCCUGAAGACCAACAGGGGCUCCCGGCUCUAUCAGGAGAGGCAAAAGCGGAUGCAGCGCUUCGUGCUGGAGCAUCCCAGAGGCUACAGAGGCGGUUCUGGCAGGAUGGGGGCCAGCGGCUCGCACAGCGCAUCAGGGGGAGCAGCCAAUGCAUGGUUGGCUGCCAAUAGUAUGGAGGGCACUGGCACCUACCACACGGAGCUGCACAUUGCGCCAGCAGCCAAGGGGGCUCCGCCGCAAGUGCCCAAGAAGAGCAGCAGGGUCCUGCAGAUGAGCAAAGUCCUCAACCCUGACAACCUGGCCCCAGGCUACACUGGCCCCCUGAAGGAAGUGCCCCCCGAGAAGUUCAACUUCACUGCCAUCCCCAAGGCCUACCACUCCCCUUGGCAGGAGUUCCUCAGCAGCAAAGACUACCAGGCGGAUAGCAAGAGCCAGCUGUCCGAAACGCCCAAGAACCUCAGUAACUUGGAUUUCAGGAGCUUCAACAGGACUCCCACUCCAUUUGGUGGGCCACUCAUCAAUGACCUGUUCCCAUCGUCCAGCUUUGAGAUGGAUGCCACAAUGGACACCUUGAAUAGCUUGCAGCUGCUUUCCAGCAGACCCAGCUUCAACAGAGCCCCACGUGGCUGGGUACAGACUUUACCAGAGACCGAGGAACUGUAAUGUACUCCUCUUCCCUCCCUUGCUGCGCACAUGCUUUACCUGCUAGAUUUGGGCAUCCCUUAGCUUACCAUGCUGGUAGAGGUGUUCCUUAACAGAGUAGGAGAGGAGAUGGAUGUUCUUACCCAAGCACUCUGGGAAAGCUAAGCUAGUGGCCUCACUUGAUCAUCCAUGUCCUAAAGAUCCCAGCAAACAUGGGCCUAGGGCUGUUUCUGAAUUCUUACUUCCCAUCUUUACAAGGGUAUGACAUCUAGGGAGACUAGAUGUAAAUGUGACCAGCAAAGUUCUCACCAAGGGAACAAAGGGAGUCCAGCAAGCUUCCCCAUCCAUCUGUGCCCUGAAAGGAGUAAAGACACUGUCCUCUUUCCCACUCCAUGAAAAAUGUCAGGAGAGCCAGUUGUCUUCAGGUUGGGUUGCCCCUGUUUUUGUUCUGCUGAAAUGCAUGACACCAGCUUUGGCAAGUGGUGCUUCAUCUUCAGUGCACAGAUGCUGUUGCAGUUGGGAUGGUGAGGGGAGGUGAUAAGGCAGGGAGGGUGGGAGUGGAGGAAUGUCUGGAAAGAAGCAAGCAAAGGCUUCCUGACCACUGAGAUCACAUGUUCAAGGAAAGCGCAGAUGGCUCUUAAGAGAAGACAAGGGGUGGGUGGUUGGCAGCUGGCUGUACACCAGCCAGGCACAUGGGUAUCAUCAGUGAUACCCGGGGAGGGGAAGUGUCGCCAGACUUGGGCUUCAGCUGUUUUCCUGACUAACUGCUGGAGGCUGCAAGUGAGAGAGGAAUAGUGGAAAAACCCUGGUCCAAUCCUGUUCACUUUCCCUCUCAGCAUCUGCUUUCUGCCACUGUGACACAGGAGAUUGGGCAAGACAGACCUAGGGGCUGACCCAGUCAAUGGCAGUUCUGAUGUCAUGUUCUUAGCAUGUGACACUCUUUGUAAGUUGAUUUCCUACCCCUCAAGCCAGUUGAAAGAGCUCUUACAUCACUGCUGCUUUACUGACUAAACCACUUGUUUAAAAAUCCCAUAGAGCAAGCCUACCCCUACAGAGAUCUGCUCUUUACUUCAAUUGCUGGGUGUCACAUCCUUCUAGUUUCAAAUGCAGUGCAGGAUUUUUUAAUUGUUGGAGCCCCCAGGUACUAAGAGGUGUCCCAUAAAAGAGGCACCCAAUGUCUUAAAUGUUAUGAUACUAGCAGGGGAGAAGGGACAUCCUAUACUCCACACGCUGCUACAGCAAGCAAAGAUUUCGGUCAGUACAUGCAGAACAGCACAUGGGUGUUUUGACCACCCCUCCUUUAGAAGAAGCAAGCAAUAGGCUGCCCAGCUACUAGGAUCAGGAUACAGGAGAAGCAGCUACCAAGCGAAGGCAGAGCACAACCCACUAUCUGUAAAACCAACUUCACUAACCAUUGCUAAAAGCCACGGUUCAAGUAUUGUCUUUCUACAGAUGGUCAUUUGCUUUUGUAAAAUUCUUAUGGCAAGAAAUUUUACCAAAUUAAAAUCGUCAUGGGAGAAUAAUGUGUGAGGCUGGAGUAGACUUUGGUAUUUAUGUUCACUGAUGUGCAAUAUGGAAAGGCUGCCUUACUUAAUGCACAUGAUGUAGCACUAUAGCCAGCAUGUUUCUAAUAAUAAUCAUGUUGAGAUCCUAGGCCAGGUAACUUCCUACCACAACCAUAGAGAUGGAUGUAGGGCUGGAAGAGACCUCGAGAGGUCAGCUAGUCCAAUGCAACACUGACAUAAAGAAGGUUCAAUCCUCUGUUCUCAUCCCAAAAGUUCAGGUGGGCAAACUCAAAGGGGAAAAAAGCCAGUUUACUCUGUAAGUGUUUAUAGGUUUAUGCCUAAGCACUGUCCAUGCUUAAGCCCAUCUCCAUUUGUCUGUGAGCUAGAUGUCACAAUUACAUCCAGAAGCCUGGCUGGAGAAAAUAAAUUAACUUUAUUUUAAAUCCAA